ACUGCAUACCCCCACCAACUAUUGGUCCCCACCAUGUUCGCGUCGUCCCCACUUUCCGGCCGAGGUAAAAAUUAUCCCAGCGCUGCCGCCAACUGCCGCGCAUGGCAUUAUCCAUUGUUAUCAAUUUGUCAGACUCUGACGGCCAUGUGACUGUCUAACCUAUAAUUUAUAAUGAAAAUGUUUAUCCUUUAGUUUAUAGUUACUAAAUCAUACGUAAUUAAUAAAAUAGUUAUAUCUUACAAACGUAGUGUGGACUCGUUCGUCUUAAAGAUAAAAUAUCGUCAAAGAAUCUUAAAGACGCAACAGAACAUUUAUAAAAAUGGUACAACAGAAAUAUCAUGUGCCUCGUUUAACCCCGAAGCAUUUAGAUCCAAAAUGCUUAAUGUUUUCAAUGUUUACUGCGAACGACGUGAGGAACUUGAGCGUGACUAAAAUCAGAACACCAUUAUCCUUUAAUGUUUUGGGACAUCCAUUAAAAGGCGGAUUGUACGACCCAGUAUUAGGUCCUCUGAUAGAAAGUUCCGAUCCCUGUGGAACAUGUGGAUGCAACGUGUUUAAGUGUCCAGGUCACUUUGGACACAUAGAACUACCAAUGCCGGUUGUAAAUCCACUGUUUCAUAAAGAACUAUGCAUGUUAAUGAAAUUGUCGUGUUUAAAUUGUUUCGUUUUACAAAUUCCACCUUAUAUAAAAUUGUUGCUAUCCGCAAACCUGCGACUGCUUCAAAAAGGAUACUUCAGCGAUCUCGAAGGCUUACAGCAAGAAGUAAUGAUCGUCGUUUCUGACUCGAGCAAUCCUUACGAGGUUGACAUACAAGCUGUUCAAAAUGUUAUCGAGAAUUAUAGCACGAAUCUGUUCAACAGACCGAGCCUCAAUCAGUCUAUCGUGGAAUACAACGACGUUCAAUUGAACACGAAAAAUAUCAAUACACAAUGGCACGCGUAUGUCGAGAGCGUUCUUAAACAACACACGGCGCCGAAAGUUUGCGUAAAUUGUCACAAUCCAAUACCGAAAAUCACGACGUUGAAGAACAAAAUUAUGACUACUAAAGUAUCUGACGCACCUAACGAGAAGACAAAGUCGCGUGGAGUAAUACAUAAAUUAGAAACUGUGUUGAUAAUGCCUGAUCAAUCGAAAGAAUAUCUCCGAAACCUUUGGGAAAACGAGAAGGAAUUCCUUAAAGUAAUCGUGUCCUGUUUCGCGUUGGUGGACAUCGAACAUCCGACCGAUAUAUUCUUCUUGGAAGUCGUACCAGUUUUGCCACCUAUAGUCAGGCCAGUGAAUUUUGUAAAUGGCCAAAUGAUAGAACAUCCGCAGACUCAGGUUUAUAAGAGUAUUAUCCAAGAUUGUCUCGUUCUUCGAAAUAUUAUACAAACGAUUCAGGACGGCGACACGGAACAAUUACCGGAGGAGGGUAAGCUCGUUUUCGAACAAAUAAAGGGGAAUACACCGAUUGAGAAGUUGCACAACGCGUGGCAAAGUUUACAGGUGAACGUUGAUCACAUAAUGGACCGUGACAUGAAUAAAACGGCGGAGUCUAUGAACUGUCAGGGAUUGAAACAGGUGAUAGAGAAGAAAGAAGGAGUUAUCAGGAUGCAUAUGAUGGGCAAAAGAGUGAAUUUCGCUGCUCGUUCGGUCAUCACGCCGGAUCCUAACUUGAACAUAGACGAGAUUGGUAUUCCUGAAGCGUUCGCUCUGAAAUUAACGUAUCCGACGCCGGUUACACCUUGGAACGUCGUUCAACUACGUCAAUUAGUUUUGAACGGCCCCGACGUUCAUCCCGGGGCGGUAAUGAUCGAACACGAGGACGGCAGUAUACAACGGAUCUCGACUAAAGACCCUGUUCACAGAGAAGCGAUCGCAAAACGUCUGCUAACUACAAGCGACAAAGCGAACAAAUUUUUCAAUGGCAUCAAAAUUGUACAUAGACAUUUACAAACCGGUGACAUCCUAUUGCUAAAUCGUCAGCCGACGUUACAUAAACCGAGUAUCAUGGCUCACAAGGCACGGAUUUUAAAAGGGGAGAAGACAUUGCGUUUACAUUACGCUAACUGCAAGGCUUACAACGCGGACUUCGACGGCGACGAAAUGAACGCGCAUUUCCCGCAAAAUGAGCUUGCCAGAAGCGAAGGAUACUUCAUAGCCAACGUAUGCAAUCAAUAUCUCGUGCCGAAAGAUGGUACCCCGCUGAGCGGUUUGAUUCAAGAUCACAUGGUUUCCGGUGUCCGCAUGACAGUAAGAGGAGCAUUCUUUUCGCGAGAGGAUUACAUGCAAUUAGUUUACGCCGCUUUAUCUACGAUGCAGGACAAUAUAAUUCUUCUUCCACCCAGCAUCCUGAAACCGAAGCCUUUAUGGUCCGGCAAACAAAUCAUCUCGACUGUUAUUAUUAAUAUUAUUCCAUUGCAACGAGCUCGGAUCAAUCUGACGGCGAGUGCGAAGAUCAAUGUAAGGGAAUGGCAGGUUGAGAAACCGCGACGAUGGAAGGGUGGCGGUACCGAAUUUUCAGAUCCUAAAACGAUGUCGGAAGCUGAAGUUAUAAUACGAAACGGGGAACUGUUAUGCGGCGUGCUUGAUAAAAUGCAUUAUGGCGCGACGCCGUUCGGCCUUGUGCAUUGCGUGUUUGAAUUGUACGGCGCGACCUGCACCUCACAAUUGCUAAGCGCUUUCGGUAAAUUGUUCCAAGCCGGAUUGCAGAGGAAUGGGUUCACGCUUGGUAUUGAAGAUAUUUUAUUAUUAAGGAAGGCGGACAAGAAGCGAAGAGAAAUUAUUUCUAAUUGUAGGAAGAUCGGGGAGGAUGUUCACAGGUCGGUAUUAGAAUUACCCGAGGAUACUCCGAUGGACGUAGUCACAUCUCAGAUGGAGGAGUCUUAUUGGAAGAAUCCGAAGUUCCGGGCGCAGGUCGAUCGAAAAUAUAAAAGUGCGCUAGAUGUUUACACGAAUGAUAUUAAUAAAACGUGUUUACCGGCUGGUCUUUUGAAAAAGUUUCCAGAGAACAAUUUGCAAUUGAUGGUGCAAUCUGGCGCGAAGGGAUCCACGGUGAACACUAUGCAGAUUUCUUGUUUGCUUGGACAGAUCGAGUUAGAAGGGAAAAGGCCGCCUUUAAUGAUCAGUGGGAAGAGCCUUCCGAGUUUUCCUGCAUACGAUCCAUCCCCGAGAGCCGGCGGUUUCAUCGACGGCAGAUUCAUGACAGGAAUCAAGCCUCAAGAGUUUUUCUUCCAUUGCAUGGCUGGUCGCGAAGGUCUCAUUGAUACCGCUGUGAAAACCAGUAGGUCAGGAUAUUUACAACGAUGCCUCAUCAAACAUCUCGAAGGAUUGGUGGUGAAUUAUGAUUCAACGGUACGAGACUCGGACGGCAGUUUGAUACAAAUUUAUUACGGGGAAGACGGUCUCGAUAUACCGGGUUCGCGAUUUUUGAAGAAAGAACAGCUAGGCUUUUUGGUGGACAAUAAAAAUGCUAUCGUCGACGAAGGGAUGUUAAAGCACUUGAAAACUGAUUUGGAGUCCGAACAAAUUUCGAAAUUUGCGAAGAGGAUUAAGAAAUGGGAAAGUAAACACGGUAGCGCGUUACGAAAAAGAAGAAUCAGCCCGUUCACGAGAUUUUCGAUGCAGGAUAUGAACAUUAAGGCUUCGAAGUUUAAAGAAAUCGAUGAAAACAGUGGCAGAAGUAAAGCUUCUCUAUCGUACAUGAGAAAAUGGUUACGGGACACUGAAGAAAAUAAAAAAUGGAUUUACGCCGAGUGUGCGAAAUGUCCGGACCCGGUGAUGUCGAGAUACAGGCAAGACAUAAACUUCGGCGUUCUUUCCGAGCGUUUAGAGAAUCUGAUAGACGACUAUGUAACCAACAAAUCUACGAACCCUUUUAUAAAGAAGAAAGAUUUGAAAGACCUUCUGUCGACGAAGGUAAUGAAAACCGUUUGCCCGCCAGGGGAACCGGUGGGUUUAUUAGCAGCACAAUCGAUAGGAGAGCCGUGUUCUCAGCUGACCUUAAAUACAUUCCAUUUCGCUGGUCGUGGAGAGAUGAACGUUACAUUGGGUAUACCUAGACUGCGCGAAGUACUGAUGAUGGCAUCGAAAAAUAUUAAAACACCUAGCAUGGAAAUACCGUUGCGGAAGGAUUUGGAUAAUGUGACGAAACGGUCGAAUAAAUUGAGACUAAAAUUGGCCAAAUGCGUUCUGUCAGACGUUUUAGAUAAUGUCACUGUAAACAGGAAAUUGGAAGAAUCGCCACAUAGGAGUUUGGUAUAUACCAUGACUGUUAAUUUUCUUCCGCACAAAUCCUACAAAGGAGAAUUUUGCGUGCAGCCGCGUGACGUAUUGAAGAAAACGGAAGAAAUAUUUUUUAAGGAACUAUUCAGAGAGAUAAAAAAGGUAGCCAAGGUAACCGGCGCUUUGUUACACGUCGAAGAAGAGAAAAAGUCGUUGUACGAAGACGACGCUCUGCUGGAUCAAAUUGAACCUGGCGAAGCCAUCGAAUCUGCUCCGAAGCCACGGGCGAACUUAGGAGAAAUGCACGAGUCGUCGGAUGAAGAAGAAGCGGCGGAAGAUGCGGAUGCAACUGUAGCGCGGUCGAUCUCGCGUCACAAAGAAAAUCAGGAGUACGAAGAUCCGGAAGAAGAGGAGCUGGAAGAUGUAAUUGACAAGGAUGACGAUGUUGCGAUGGAAAAUGCAGACCAGAGAUCGAAUGCUAACGAAGAAAGGCUAGAUGACGAAGAUGACAAUGUAGAGAACAGAAAGACAGUAAAAUCUGUAAAUGAAACGGUCAAUGAACAGAGGAAGAAAAAUGUUACGAAUUUAUAUGUUUAUGCGUUGGAAUACGACUACGACGAGGCGAAAUUUACGUGGUGUAAAUUAAAGUUUUGGUUACCUCUUGAAAUGAUAAAAAUGGAUUUGCCAACAAUCAUAAGGAACGUCGCUAAUAGAGUCGUCUUAUGGGAAGUGCCUUGCAUAAAACGCGCUUUUACAUUCCAAAAUAAAGAUGGAGAAACUAUUCUUAGGACCGAUGGUAUUAACAUAAUAGAAAUAUUUAAAUACGAUAGAUCUCUGGAUUUAAACAGAUUGUAUUCCAACGAUAUUUAUGCCAUUUCUCAAACGUACGGCAUCGAAGCUGCUAACAGAGUUAUCAUAAAAGAAGUAAAAGAUGUGUUCAAGAUGUAUGGUAUCACGGUCGAUUCUCGACAUCUGUCUUUAAUCGCGGAUUACAUGACAUUCGACGGCAGGUUUCAACCUCUUAGUCGGAAAGGAAUGGAAGAUUCUGCAUCUCCUUUACAACAAAUGAGCUUCGAAAGUUCUCUGAAUUUCUUGAGAAACGCAACUUUGCACGGAAGGCGAGACAAUUUAGUAUCUCCAUCUAGUCGGCUAAUGUUGGGCCAGCCUUGCAAGUCUGGUACUGGUGCGUGUUCCUUGUUAGUAAAAAUACAAAAACAACCAGAGACCACAUUAUCGAUAGGUGCAUAAUAGAGGUAACAUAAUUCCAAAUAAUGUACUGUCUAUAUGAAAUUGUGUACAUAAAUUUAAUUUUAAUACAACAAAUAUAAAUCAAUUGCCUUUACAUUAUUAUAAAUAGUAAGUUCUGUAGCUCCGAUAGUUCUUUUAAUUUCUUAAAAAAUGCAAGUUUGCAAGGUAUAAGAAAAAUAACAAAAAUAACAGCAGUCUGGAGGAUGACGAGAAAAUCUGGUAUUCACCUUAACUUGAGUCUGAUACUGGUGCAUAUUCGUUAUUAAUAAAAAUACAACAACCAGAGGCUUGUCCAUGGAUAGGUACAUAAUCGACGUAA